CGCUUGUCGCUGAACCCUGCCCCUCGCCUCGAAAUUCUCGUCGCUUCAAUGCGUUGAUACUUAUAUUAAUGGUCAUACAGGCCGUCGAGGUCGGUCCGGUCAACGGGCAGGAGGGGCCGUGCCUGCUCCUCCUGACGCACGUCUCGCUAGACCCCCGUGCCUUCAACGAAUGGCUCUACCGCGUGGAGCUGGACUGGGUCGUCCAGCGCGUGUGGUGGCUACCAGCAGCUUACCCAGCGACGCCACUACCAGCAGCAGCAGAAGGCACAGGAGGCGCCGAUGGGGCCACCGCCGCAGCGGCGCUGCCCUACAUAACCUACAGAGGCCCCGAGGCUCUGAAGGAGGCGGUGCGGGCGGCGGUGGCGGCGGCGGCGUUUUGCAGCGGUGGCGGCGCCGCUAGUGAUAGUGACGGCGGUGACAACGAUGGCGUGGGGGUGCGGCUGCAGGUGUACCCACGCACCAUGGAGACGCCGAUGGCGGAGCUUCUUCGCGGCGUUGUGGCCCUGGAGUUGGACCGGCCCUCGCACGUCUUGUCCGUCAUCCAAUGGCCUUCGGAGGCAGUGGCGGCGGCGGCGGCGGCGCUGGCAGCGGCGGAGGCGGAUCACUCUCGCCUAGCCAAGUCGCAUGACAAGCAACAGAAGCACUCGCAGCAGCUGGCGGAGCAGCUUCAAGGAGUUGCGGACACGCUGCGGGCGGCGGGCGCAGUGGGGCUGACGGAUGAGGAGGUGGCGGCGGCCGAGGCGGAGGCAGCGGGGGCCUCGGAAGAUGCCAAGAAGGACGGGAAAGCAGGUGGCAAGCCGGGCGGAAGAGGCGCCGCCGGGCGGCCUGGAAAGGGGAAUAAAGGCAACAGCACGGCGGCUGGGGCUGGGGGUGGAGGUGACGGAGGCGGUGGGGGUGACGAUGGAGCCGCAACGCUGCCGCUGCCGGUGUUGGAUGCGGUUGCAGCCAUUGCCGAUCCCACGGAGCGAUGGCGGACCGCUACGGCGCGGGCGGCGCUGGAGCGGCGGCGGCUGCAGGAGCGGGAGGUGCGGCGCGCGGCGGUGGCGGCGCGCUGUGCGGCGGAGCACGCAGAGCGCGCGGCGGACCUGGCAGCGGCGGAGGCGGUUGCGGAGUACUCGUUCGGGCUGGUGCCGGCGGCGGGGCACUACAGCUACGGCAACGAGCGGGAAAAGAAGAUGCCGGGGCAGCUGUGCCGCGCGGCCGGCAAGCUGCGCGAGGCACUCAUCACCGUGUUGGGCAGCGCGCACCUGCCGCCCGGCCUGGCCGCCGUGGACGUGGGCGCCGCGCCCGGCGGCUGGUCGCAGCAGCUCGCCGCCGCAGGCGCCCGCCUCGUCGUCUCCAUUGACCCCGCUGAGCUCGACCCCGCUGUCGCAGCCCUGCCCAACCUGGUGCACCUGCAGUGCAAGUGCGACCAGGCGGUCAGCUCGGGCCGCCUGGCGGCGGCGCUCGCCGCCGGCGGCUGCGCCGCCAUUGACUACCUGGUGUGCGACGUCAACGCGCACCCGGGCGACGCCUACGGAAUGUUGGAGCCGGUGUUGCCGCUGCUGGGGCCGGGCGGUGUGCUGAUCCUGACGCUCAAGACGUUUGGGCGCGGCAAGCACAAGGACGGCUUCGGGGCGGAGCUGGCGGCAAAGCUGGCCCCGGCGGGGUUCGCGCCGGGGUCGCUGCUGUGGCUCCUCAACAACACGCCCUGCGAGCGCACCUAUGUCGCCUGCAAGCGCGCGGCGGCGGCCGUGGGGGCGGGACCAGGGCCAGGGCCGGCGGCGGGGGCGGGGACGGAAGGGACGGCUGUUGCGGCGGUGUAAGGACGCGGGCGUGAGGGCGCGGGCGCGAGUUGGCGAACACGGUUACCAGCUGGGCCCCUGCGUACGGCUGCUGCUGUGGUGUGCGGGUGGCGUCAGGUUGGCAGCUGGCCUCAUGGCUGUAGUGUCUCCUUGGCGACACUCGGCAACAAGCAACAAGCAACAACUGGCUCGGUGGCACACGGCACCACAGUCUUGUAACUAUUCUCGCUGUCGUGGCACCGGCUGUUCAGGGGGGCUGAUUGCAGGAUGUGUCUCUGGUGCUGCUAGGUGAGUAGCAGGCAGGCAUACUGCAGUUGCGUAGUUGUUGCUGGGGCCAGAACUACAGAAGCAGACAGGCAGUCAAUGACAGUUGGCGCACGAGACAGCACGAGAGGACGUA